AUGGUGCACCAAACUUUUGCUGCCCAGGACCUCUCAGAGGCUGCGGUGGGCGGCCCAAUUGCGAUCAAUGACGGCCGCUUCGUCGAUGCCUUUGGCCGCACGCUGUCGCUGCGUGGCCUCAACAUCUCCGGCUCCAGCAAGCUGCCCACCACCCCCAAUGGCCUGUCGCACCUCACCGAUGGCUUCUACGAGCACCGCACCGUGACCUUCGCCGGCAGGCCCUUCCCCCUGGAUGAGGCGCCUCUUCACUUCCGCCGUCUGCAGGCCUGGGGAUUACCGCUUGUCCGCCUGCUGGUGACGUGGGAGUCGAUUGGCCAUUCUGGCCCCGACCCUUCCGCCGAUCUGGACCUGGAGUACAUCGCCUAUCUGCGUCAGCUCAUCCAGAUGAUGCCCCAGUACGGCAUCAAGUGCUUCAUCUGCGCCCAUCAGGAUGUCUGGAGCCGAUUCAGCGGUGGCAGCGGCGCCCCCGGCUGGACCUUCGAGGCGGCAGGUCUGGAUAUCGAGGCUUUCCCCGACACUGGCGCCGCAUAUGUGCAUGGCCAGGACGAGAUGAGGCGGGCCAACGCGCCCGUCAACGAGAAGGAGCCCAGCGGUCCCUUUGUGUGGCCCUCGGGGUACCAGAAGCUGGCAGCAUCCACCAUGGCCACCCUCUUCUGGGCAGGCGAUGCUCUUGCACCAAAGCUCCAAUGCCGACGGCGCACAGUGUCGACGUCUGCAGAGACAGCAGAGGAAACGGUGUCGAUCAAGGAUUACCUCCAGGAUGCCUUCAUCGAGGCGUUUGGAAAGCUGGCUGAUGAGCUCAGUGAUUUGGAAUCUUGCCUCGGCUUCGAACCCAUCAAUGAGCCGCAUCGAGGUCUGAUAAACCUGCAUGACUUCCAUGGCUGGAACUACAACACCGAUCUUCACAUUGGCCAUUAUCCCACUUUCGCCCAGGCCCUCGCGCUCGGUAGCGGAUAUGCCCAGACUAUCAAAUACUACGUCAAGUCCUGGCCCUUCCCGACACGCGUCUCUCACCGCUCGUACCUGGAUCCAAAGGGCCGGUCUGCUUGGUUGCCUGUCGAUGGAGACAAGCCGGCAAACCAAAAGCACGGCCUGGGCGAAUGUGUAUGGAAGGCCCAUGGCGUCUGGAGCUGGGAUGAGAAGAAGAAGACGGCCAAGAUUCUGCACAGGAAUUAUUUCGAUGUCGACCAUCGGCCCGGCCGCGAGGGCACCAAGAUUGAAUGGUAUCACGACUUUUACGCACCGUUUCUAAAGAAAUUUUGCGAUCGCGUAUCUCGUAAGAACAAGAGAUUCAUGUCUUUCUUCGAACCGAUCCCCAACGAGUUCAUUCCACCAUGGGUCGCGGAUAAGGACGGACGGACAAAGCAAUCCUACGCUGUCGAUACCGUCCUGGAUGUUCCGCGACCGCAGAACCUGGUAUACGCGCCGCAUUUCUACGACCUAAACGUUUUGUUCAGUAAACACCAUGCGUGGAUGAGCGUGAACGUUCAGGGGCUUUCAAGAGGCAUGUUCCUCCCCUUGGCACUGUACUUCGGAGCGUCCGGCUUGCGCAAAAAUUACCGCAAGCAACUUGGGAAUAUCGCCAAGCACGGGUCAAAGUCGCUUGGCAGUCACGUCCCGACGAUUAUUGGCGAGAUAGGCAUCCCCUUUGACGUGAAUGGCUCUCGUGCCUUCAAGACUGGCCAGUACGAUGUCCAGCGUGAUCUGAUGAACGCCCUGAUUGCGGGCAUGGAGGACAACCACAUCGGAUUUACCCUCUGGAACUACAACCCUCACAACCGGGUAGAGUACGGCGACGGCUGGAACAUGGAGGACUUCUCCGUCAUCAAUGGCGAUGAGCCUCUGGAGCACGAUCUCAUUCGACAGGAUUACCGCAACAAACCCCACGAGGACGAUGAGCUGUACCGCGGCGGCCGCGUGCUGGACGUCAUCAUCCGGCCCUACGCCGCUAAGACUGCUGGCAGGCCUCUUCGCUCCAACUGGGACGAGCGCACCCUGCGAUACGAAUUCGAGUGGCAGAGCUCCGGCCAGCCCGCCGCCGGCGUCGACGACAGAGCCUACCUCACAGAGGUGUUCAUCCCCGCCUACCACUACGCGAAGCACAAGUUGAUCAUCACUGUCAGCGAUGGCGAGUGGACACACGAUGAAGCGCAGCAGACGCUUCGAAUUCGGCAGUCUCCUGGCUCUGCGAGCUCCCGCCACCGCCUCGUUGUAGAGAUCGGCGACUUGCAGGAGCACCUGGCCCAGCGCGUGGCAUUGCGACGCCAGGCAAACCUGCCCGCCAGCAUUCUGGAUUCCCUCCCCGCAGACGUAGAGGUCUGGGCCGAGGGCGUAGACUGGAGCAAGGUGUUCGGAACAGUGUUCUUCUUUCUGCUCGCCGUGGCCGCCGCUCUUCUGGCAGUGAUUCUUCAGAAAGAGUGA